CCACCACUUCCGCUGUUCUGUUUUGUAGUUCCUUUGUAUGCUGUUGUUGCUUAUUUUUGGAUAAUGUAGUAUAUCUCUCACAUUUUUUACUACCAAUUACAUUACGGUGAGUUUUUAAAAUGCCGAAUUUAUCUCAGGAGCCUCACAUUUUUUGACAUCUUUUCCGUCAGUUAAAGCGGGACCUGGAAUUUAUAGUAGUAUAAUUUUAAGGUAAAUUGCUCUAUUUAAAAAGGGAGUCUGGUGUUCGUCUCCACAUUAGUUAAAACAACCAUUUCUCAGCAGCCACACCUAGUUAGAGUCUACCAAGAACUAGCUACAUGUUGAAUUUCAUGUAUGCCGAAGUUAUCAGAGGAUAUCCACUUUUCGUGAAAUGUUUUCAACUAACUUCUACGAUCUAAUGAUUCCAUCUAAACUCUAAACUGAGCUUAAAUUCGUGGAAAUUUAAACGGAACCUGAUGUUGGUUUCUCCAUCACUCUAGUAUGGAUUUAGAGAUCACAGAGAACUAAAGGGCAGAAAGAGCUGGACAGGUCGAUGUAUUGUCAAGGUAACCAGAUUGAGGCUGGCGGAGGAGAAUAUGUGAAGAAAGUCAAAGUUGUAUGAGACAGGUGAGACGAGGGGAAACGUCUCCAUUAGCUCCUGAAGCUUCCGUUCACGUGAAGGACGUGGGUUCCUGGCUAAGAGCUAACCAAGUUCAUGGUUUUCCAAGCAGCAGCUGAAAGCAGCACUGUGAUGCCUGCACCUCCUCCUCCUGUCCUCUGAGGCGUCACAAUCCUGUUUUCCUCCGCGUUGGGACCAGCAGCAGCAGCAGGAUCGCAGACUGAGACUCGGAUCAGGAGAGUGGAUGUCCCGGCGGUGCGCAGACCUGCUGCCGGAUGCAAAGCCAGCUCAGAGUGUGAUGCAGCUGUGUGAUGGGAGGAUCCACCGGCCAGGAUGGGCAACAAGCAGACAACCUUCACCGAGGAGCAGCUGGAGGCGUAUCAGGACUGCACCUUCUUCACCCGGAAGGAAAUCCUGCGGUUACACGCUCGAUAUCGUGAGCUGGCGCCACAUUUAGUGCCACUGGACUACACCAACAACCCCGACAUCAAAGUCCCUAUGACGCUCAUCAUCACGAUGCCUGAGCUGAAGGAAAACCCGUUUAGAGAGAGAAUCGUGGAGACGUUCUCCGAGGACGGACAGGGGAACCUGAGCUUCAACGACUUCAUUGAUAUGUUUUCUGCCCUCUGCGAAGCUUCACCUAGAGAGCUCAAGACCAUUUACGCCUUCAAGAUAUACGACUUUAACAGGGACAACUUCAUCUGUAAGGAGGACCUGGAGAAGACCCUGAACAAGCUGACCAAAGGGGAGCUGACGCCCGAGGAGGUCACGUUGGUGUGUGACAAAGCCAUCGAGGAGGCCGACCUCGAUGGAGACAACAAGCUCUCAUUCGCCGACUUUGAGAACAUGAUCUCCAAGGCUCCUGACUUUCUGAGCAACUUCCACAUACGAAUAUGAGGCAGCUGACAUCCUGCAGAGGAAAGACGUCUCUCUUUGACCCCGAUUCCACCUGAACCUCUGACCCAGCUCGACUCAGUGCCUGUCCUUUCUACUGCCGGCGGGGAGUCUUCUUUCCUGAAAGAUCCUGAGACCUGGACUGUCAGGAGCCCGGGAGUCUGAAUCUCGAUCACGCAGUCAUUCCAGAGGGGAUACGGUUACUGCAUGAAGCCUCUCUCUGGGAUGGAUUUUGAACUCAGCUGAGACAGGGCUGACUUUCUUCUCCCCUGUGGACGUUUCCGAUCCUCUGAGAAACAUCUGGGAGGACGGCGCCGCAGUGGAUACAGAACAGGGCUUUUCUGAAUUUAGUGCUUUUCAGAAAGGCCUCAUCCAAAACUGGAUUCUUUUUAAAAGCACAUCUUUAAAGGGCAAAACAGUGAGGAGCUAUGCAAUCUUUCUCCAUAAAGUGCAUGUUGUAAAUUGCUUCUAGCUGGUGAAUUUGUACAUCUGGUUUAGUGAAGCAUUCUGGUGCAUAACGACAAUCAUAGUAAACUGUAGCUCAGUUGAUGGAAGGGCUCUCUCUGUCAUCUCACCUGUACUCCUGGCUUUGAUAAAACUUUUUCCUGCCUCCUACUAACUUGAUAUGACAGCUUUCACUCUUUCAAGACAAAAUGUUUUAUGGCUAGAAUCAAAUAAAAGGUUGUUCUGUCA